AUGUCGUCGUCGGUCGAGCGGUCAAGAUUUUCUCAAGGUCUCUGCGAGAAGCUCGUGCACCUUGCCCUGGACGCGCUUGAUCUCGAGAGUGUCUCUGACGAGUCAGACGGUGUCCGCGACGUUGCCAUGCACGCUGGCUCGAUCGUCGCCAAUGCCCACGCGCUUUCCAGCACGAAGGACAACUUGCCUGCGCUCGAGGCCGGUAUCUUCGACGACAACUGGCGCCUUCGUCAGUCGUCGAUCUCGCUCCUUGGCGACUUGGUGUAUUGCGUCAUCACCCAGGUCGGCCCGAUCAUUCCGCGCGCGAGCCUCGACCCGAUGAACCCUGUCAGCAUGCGUCGGGGCUACUGCUUGGGUCUUGUCGAGGUCGUCCAGUGCUCGCCCAAGAAGCAGCUCGAAGAUUCGUCGACAGGUUUGUCGUGGCGCUCAAAGGCGCUCUAUGCGACGCGCUGCCCGAGAGCGCUCAAGGUCAAAUCGCGCCACGUGCCCCCGUACCUCGCACAACGCCAACGGCCUUGA